AAUUCACUGCUUAGCUACCAACAGUUCGAAGCCCAAGGUUCGAGUCGAGAGGAAACAGAAAUGGCACUCAGAGCGGCCGUACUUCGCCACAUUCGAGUGCCCGUUCGAACCCUAGCUGCAACCGGACCAAAACCUCAGCUGCAAUGGAGUCUCUGCAAUUCAAUCAGGUUAUUUUCAUCUCACGACGAUCACUUAACGAAAGAGGAAGUAAUCGAUAGAGUCCUCGACGUCGUCAAAAGCUUCCCUAAAGUCGAUCCCUCCAAGGUGACACCUCAUGUCCAUUUCCAAAACGAUUUGGGCUUGGAUAGCUUGGACAAUGUGGAGAUUGUAAUGGCAUUAGAAGAGGAAUUCAAGCUGGAAAUUCCAGACAAGGAAGCUGACAAGAUUGACUCAUGUAAUCUCGCUAUUGAGUACAUAUAUAACCAUCCAAUGGCUGGUUAAUCUGUGCAAAGCAAGGGCGUUUCUUGUUGAAUUUCAUUCAAAAAGAAGAACCAUGUCUUCUACUCUGUUUUGGUGUUCAACAUUUUAGGUGUUUGUAGCAAAUUUACUCCUCAUAAUGAGAUUAAGACUGACAAUCUGAAUCUGUUUUGGUGGGGUACUACCUGAACUUGUUUCUAGCACCAAACAACAGCAGAUUUCAACUUGCAAUAAACUUUUUGUAUUGCAUGGUGAAUUUCUUCACCUUUCAAAUACUUAUUUUCAUAUUUGCCAUUGUCCUGACAU